AGGCUCUUUACACACUCAUCCAAUAGUAUUGCAGCAUUCUGCCACAUCAGUUUAAUGAAAUUAAUUGAAUAAAAAAUAAAAUAAAACCUGAAAAAUCAUCUUUAUCACGUCCCUGGUUGUUGCUUAACAUCAUCCCACACGCCCUUCCUCUACAGUUACGGUUAUGAUCUUUAUUUGGCAACUGCAAUUUCUUCACCUUUGUAUUAUCGGUCUCUGAUCUAUUCACGAUCAUUAAGGACUUUACUCCAAAAGGCUCGGCAAUUCUCUGCACCUUUAUUCUACGGGUUUCCGCCUUUUCGGGAAGCUUUUAGAUAUUUGAAGCGAUUCAAGUUAGAAUUGUUUAUGUACAAAGUCUUAUCAAUUCUUUGCAACUCUAUUCUACUGGUUUUUCUUAGUUAUACAGUUAUUUAAGUAGAAUAUUUUUCUUGUUUAUAACAUGUGGCGUGAUUGUUAUUCUGUGCAAGUAUAAUACACAUUUAUAAUGGCAUAUUAUGUGGUUUUUAUUUUCUCUCUUUUCAAGUGAAACCGCUAUUUUAAUUAUAGAUAUGUUGGUAGGUAACAAUUCUGAUGUCAUCACACUUUCACAUAACAGGAUUGUGUGUGCUGCUAGCAGAUCAAGAGAUGACAGAUAUGCAUGAAAAUACCACUAUGCCUGGCUGUGACGACGAUAUCCUUGAAAGUGCUCUCGAUGCAGAUCCUCUCAAUGAUAGACUAUCAUCAGAGAUCCCCUCAGAGCCCUUUGAAGGAAUGGACUUUGCAUCAAUUGAAGAUGUAAAGAAUUACUACGUAAGAUAUGCCAAGAGUAAAGGUUUUAGCUUUCGCAUGGGUAAAUCAAGAACAAAUGGUAUGGUAAUUGGUCAAGAGAUUGUUUGUUCAAAGGAGGGAUUGUUACAACUGUGCGCAGGAAAUUAUCGGAGAAUAAUAGCGAUUUUCAACAAGAUCACAGUCAUGAUGCAAUGGAAGUUACCUCACAUUGGCUACUUGGCUUUUCUUUAGAUUAUAGGAUAUCCUAUUAUUGUUUUUUAGCUUAUUUUAAUAUUUGUAGUCAAUCUAAUGAUACUUUGUACUUAUUUAAGAUUUAUAUGUAACUCUAAAACACUUGUUCUGGUUUUCAAAUUUGUUUCCAUCAAUGGAUUUGGUUUC